GUUCAUUGUAGGGGUUCCCAUGGUGCUGGAGAUCAGAAGCAACCGGUGAGACAGAGGCAGGUUGAGGUUGCCAGGGUUAGGAGUUGUACAGAAUGUGUCGUUUGCUGAAGCAGUGAAGAAAGUAGAAAAAGAGAGGUCAAGGGGUAGGGAUCCUAAGAGGCUCCCGAUUAGUACCCUGCUAACUGAGGGGCUACAGGUGGAGAGGCAACGGGAGAAAGAGGAUACUCUUUGCCGGUUUCAGGACGAAGUGUGCCGCCGCGUGGUGCAAACAAGUCCGCAUGAGGCGGCAGCUUCAGAAGUCAUGUGAAAUGGUGACAAGAGCAGAGGAGGAUCAUGAAGAAGAAGAAGAACAGGAGGAGGAAAAUAUUCCUUUGAUUGGGCAACAUGACUCCCCUCUUCAGAACKUUGAUCCUCACGAAGGUCACGGGAGCAAGGCUGUCACCUUUGACAACAAUCCGGUACAUCAAGGUUCUGAGGGCUCAGAAGAAGAGGAUAGCUCUGGAGAAGACAGAACUCCCCCCUCUCUGUUGCUGCGGAGACAGUUUUUGGGACUCCCAUCCUGACACCUGCGCAAACUGUGUCUUCUACCACAACUCUAAAGCCUAUGUCCAGGCUCUGCAGUCUGCGCCGUUGAGCUAUGAUCUGAAGGAUGGGAGCCACUCCACUUACCAGCAGGCCUCGGCUCGCCGGAUCGCCUCCAUGCACGCCCUUUAACCCAGGAAGUAAUCCAGGAAUCAAAC